AUGGAUAAGCUAGUGCCAAUAGUAAACAAGUUGCAAAACGUGCUGUCUUCGUUCAUUAGCAGCGAGACGCUUAGCCUGCCGCACAUCGCGGUAGUGGGAGCACAGUCAGUAGGUAAGACGUCCCUGCUGGAAUCGCUAGUUGGGUUAAGUUUUAUGCCAAAGGGUGAAGAUAUAGUAACGAGGACCCCAAUCAUUAUACAGUUAACAAAUUCAAAGUCGGAAGAAUGUUACUGCACGUUGACCUAUACGGAUUAUGAAAAUAACCGAGUGGAAAAACAUGUAGACGAUUUUUCCAUUUUGAAUGAUAUGCUCAUAGAUGUGACGGAAGAAAUUACUGGAGGGAAUAAGUGCAUUAAGGAAAGUCCAAUAAUUAUAGAAAUACACAAAAGUGACGUUCUAGAUUUAACCCUAAUUGAUUUGCCAGGGUUAACAAAAGUACCCGUAGGAAAUCAGCCACAAAAUGUGGAGGAACAAAUUGUCAAUUUGGUAAAUAAAUAUAUAAAAAAUCCCAACUGCAUCAUUUUAGCCGUGUCUUGUGCUAACAUCGAUUUAGCCAAUUCGGACAGUUUGAAAAUGGCUAGAAGUGUAGACCCCAAACAUGAAAGAACCAUAGGAGUUAUCACAAAAUGUGAUAUGGUGGAGAAGCCAGAGAUAUGGAAGAAGAUGAUUAGCGGUUCGUUGUACCCAUUAAAAAAAGGGUUCGUGGCAGUUGUCUGUAGGAGUCAAAAAGAAGUGGAAGAUAACACCACCAUUGAAGAUUCUUUGAGGAAGGAGGAAGAAUAUUUUAAUCAGUGUUUAGAUCUUUCAAACCAAAUGGAAAGCAUUAUGGAAUGUGGAAUUAAGAAUCUAGCCAAAAAGUUAAAUAAUAUCCUUAUUGAGCAUAUUAAAAAUACCGUCCCUUUUUUAAAACCUAAAAUAGAUGCUUUGAAAAGUAUAGAGGAGGAGAAGCUACUAGAAUUAGGAGAACCCAUGGAUAAUAUGAACCGGUCUGAGUAUUUAGCAGUCCUGGUGAAUUACAUCACGAAAUUUUCGCAGCAAUAUCAAGACAUAAUAGAUGGAAAAGUGUUUUAUAAGGACAGGGUGGAUGAACUAAAGGGAGGGGCAAGGAUACAUUACAUUUUUAAUGACUGGUAUAUAAAAUCUUUAAAUGAUUUUUCCCCAUUAGAAUUGUUAACAGAUGAAGAAAUACGAAUAGCUAUUCGGAAUUCUAGUGGACCAAGAGGUGCCCUUUUUGUCCCAGAAAGUGCUUUCGAAACGUUGAUAAAAAAAUUAAUCAACUGUUUGAAGGAACCUUCCCUUCGUUGCGCUGAUCAGGUGUAUGAAGAACUCAUAAAAAUUGUGGACAACUGUCGAAUAGCAGAUAUGGAGAGAUUCACCAAUUUGAAGAGUGCAAUAAAUGAGCAGGUUAAAAUAUUGCUAAAGGAUUGCUUACAGCCAACAAAGGAGAUGAUAAAAAAUUUGAUGUUAAUUGAGCUCUCCUACAUUAAUACGAGCCACCCGGAUUUCCUCAAUGAGCAGUUUAUGAGGAAUGUGUACGAUAAGGACAACGACUACGUGGAGGAGCUGGACCACGCGGUGCACAUGCAGAGCAACAGCAAUAAGCUCCCGCACUCGAAACGGGACUUCCCGGAUGGGUACCCCCCCACGGGCAGCGGCGGCAGCAACAAUUGCAUGGGCAGCUCCACCGUGCUGCACCCGCAUCAGCAUCAGCAGCAUUCACAAUAUUCGCAGCACUCGCAACAUGCGCAACAUGCGCAGCAUCACCACCCGUCGCAUCACCACCCGCCGCCUAACCACCCCCCGUAUAAGGAAGACGCCAAGCUGUGGAAAGGCAAGGACGAUAUGCGGCCCUUCAAAAGUAAAGAAGGGACAAAAAUCACGAACAUCCACAAUAGCAGAGAAAACGUCUUCGUUCUGCCGGUCAUUCCUGAAAAAAUAAUUCCAGAAUACUCCUCCUCCUCCAAGGAAAUAAUAGAAAUCGACCUAAUAAAAUCUUUAAUUAACAACUACUUUAACAUUGUUCGAAAGCACAUAGCCGAUGCUGUUCCGAAGGCAAUUAUGCACUUCAUGGUUAACACAUCUAGGAAGACCAUGCAGAAGGUGCUCAUUUCCAAUUUGCAUAAUAGCGAGCUUUUUAAUUUAUUUAAUGAGUGUUCGUCCAUUAAGGUGAAACGGAACAACUGCAAGAAGAAUUUGGAAUCCCUAAACCAGGCGAUCAAGAUGUUGGCGGAGAUUAGGAAUCAGGAGCUUUAGGGUUGACCUGGACCGCAGCCCCGCGGGGAGGAAAAUGGAAAUGCGUGGUAGAGGGCACGCGUGGGUGUGCGGUCCUGCCUGCUGAUGUUUAUGUCUCUUUUUAUGUUUCGCAAUGCGGACGUGCAUUUGUAAGAAGGCGAGCGAAUGGAUGGGAGGCCACGAGUGGAAGGCAUCACCGUUCGUCUUCUAUUUGGCUGUCAUGCGUGGGUCAUUUGGCCUCCAUUUGGCCGUCUUUCGUAGAUCAUUUGACCUCCAUUUGCCGGCCAUUUUUGUGUAUCCCAUCGCACAGCCCCACCGUACACAUUUGUGCGCACCUGCAGAGUAUGCACACGCACGAGCACAGCUUCGUAAGUGGUAUGCAAAUAAGAUGUUCUUUUUGACGCUAAUACAAAAUUGCAUCCUUGUGCGUUCGUGCGUACGAACUCAGAGUGCGCGCGUGUAUAGCGCGUUCACUGCGCAUAUGUGCGCGCUGUGCUUUAUUUUUAAGCCUUAAUGUGAAAAUGUUUGUGGCAUGGCGCGCAGCGGGAAAAUGAGUACAUGCAUCUGCAUAUGCUUGUGUGGACGCACGUGUAUUUGGUACCCCCCCGCGCGUGCCAUGCGCUGUGUGUGAAUUAUGUGCUAACUGCUUUUUAGCCCAAUUUGAAACAUGUAUUAUGUUCCACUCUCCUCUUCACCCUUUGUUUUGAUACACCCACAACUAUUUUUUUUUUUGAUACACGUAGGAAGAAAAAAACAAUUAAAAAACUUCUCAGUUUUUUUUUUUUUUUAAAUUUAGUGAAAUUGUUUUGCGGGCAUUUCUCUUCGAAGCGGCUUCUAUGUGUCAGGGAAAGGAGAGGCGCGCACUGGUCACGUUUGUUCGUUAGCUUCGCCCAUUUGUUC